AUGGGUUCUGUCUCCUCGGCCAUGUUUGAGGGAUUGGAACACAUGUCAGAGUCGGUGUUUAUGGUACUGAGUAAGAAAGUGGGAACAUCACGACUCGUGGCCCUCAGGAGGGAGACAAAGGACAUCAGGGAGAUGGUGAACAGACGAAUGACACCUAAUGAUGGGACUAUUCAGAUGUUGAGCGGAAGUGGGAGAGAAGGAUUCAGACUUAAGGGAUCAGAUACGGACUAUAUGCACUGGCCGAACAACCACCGAGUGAUCAUGGACACGUCUCAGUCUAAGUAUUACAACACAGCCAAUACAACUUUGAUUCUCUCUGACAGUUCUAAGAGUCCACCAGGAUUCACUUUACUUCAGUUACUGACACCAACAAUAUACAGAGAAGUCGGUUCAGCAUGUCACAGAAUGAAUGACAGCGUCUAUAUAUCUAGUUCUAUUUACAGACAGUUAACUUGUUCAAUAUUUCUUCCUAAUUCUACUGAACAUGGACCCUGUGGUACUGCUGUUAAAGGAGGACUAGAAUAUGACUCUGCCUGUUGUUUUGUUUGUGACUUUUGGCCUCCAUCUGCCUCCUCGUGGAUAGACAGAUGUCACUUAUGGCCUGAUCCUGAAGUUGUUGAUGACAUUGUCAGAAAUGGAUGUCACUUUGUAGCAAUAGGACACCCAUUAGGACCCCAUGAAAAUGAAGAGUGGAGAUGGUCGUUUUCUCAGGCAGAAUAUAAAUGUGUGUAUGCAAUGAACCAUUGUCAGUUUUUGACCUAUGGGUUGUUGAAACUUUUCUUAAAAGAAGUUAUAAAUCAACAAUCAGAAGAAACCAAUGAACUGCUGUGUUCAUAUCACAUGAAGACAACUAUUUUCUGGGCAAUUCAACAAAACACACUACCUUACUGGUGUCCACAAAAUCUCCUGGUUGGUUUCUGGGUCUGCUUUAAACUCCUCCUUCAAUGGGUGUAUAAGGGGGUUUGUCCAAACUUUUUUGUUCCACAAAACAAUCUGUUUCUGACAAAGGUCCAUGGCUCAGCACAAAACAGAUUGUUCCUACAGUUACAUGAAUUGUACAAGAAAGGUCUGGCCUGUCUGUUAAAGAGUUCCUCUAUCAGGUUCUACAUUAUUGAUAUCCUGUACAAUCCUAGAGAUUUUAUUUGUACAGAUGAGAGUUUAAUUAUGUCUGAAGUCGACUAUGAUAGAGAAUUUUUUUUGGAAAUAAAUGUUUUUGAUAAUAUAAUCAUAAGAGAUCUUCACAGUUUUGUGAAAUGUCUAUGUACAGUAGAACAGUUGUUGGUAGAUUCAACGCAGUUGACAGAGUAUCAACUUUUUUAUUUACAGACUUUUACAGCCACCAACCUUCAGUUCACUGCUUUCAUAUUACACAACAUGUACACAAACACAGGUGUCAAUAAACAAAUGUAUAUUGCAGACAAAAUGUCCUGUCACAUGCUGAAAUUAGCAGCUAAGUUUGGAUGUAUAUCUGACCUUUUUUACAUUGCCAUGUAUUAUUAUAAGACACUCAGAUACAGGGAAGCUUUAUAUGUUAUAGAGAUGACAAAGGUCAAGUUAGCACAGCCAUAUCUGAUGUAUAGGAGACGUGUAGACAGAGAGAGGUAUACUGAGGCUUUAGGGGGACAGUCCUUGUCUAAAAAGAUCAGAGAGGCAGGAACACUGGAUAUCAUACUGAAGAACAGAGUCUGUUAUAUCAGUGAACUAAUACUAGAACAACAGUCUGCUUGUUCAUAUGUAAUAUUAAUCCCAGUGUUUGUAAUGUUACGCUUCCUGGAGUUCUUGUGUUACAGACAAAUUGAUACAACAUUAUCACAAGCAGCUCUAGAUGAGCUACAGGUCCUAGUCCACCAUGAUCAGGGACGGUAUGUAGAUGUACAUCACAGAGACAUUUCCUGGGAGAUCCUGGGGAUCUGUCAUCAGAUCACAGGGAACCUCCAGGCUGCUUUAUACUCAUACCAACAGUCACUCAAACAGUAUCCAUGGAACAACAUACAAGCUGCUACACAUAGUAGAAUACAAGAUAUAACAGGAACAGCCCCACAUGAUUAAUACAUUUACAUCUAACUGAGUCACAGAAUUAAUUCAUUUUUUUUUACUCAAUCUACAUAAAGUUUAUGAAACCUUACAAAAAACGAUGACUAAGAUGAGUUUAUAUUCGUACCAACAGUCACUCACACAGUAUCUAAUCAGCAAAAUACAAACUGCUACACAGUGGAAAAUUUCAGAUGUACUUGGAGUAUAAAUUCAGAUA